GCCGGUUUCAAUUGCACUUCGUGGCGUCGUCGCUCUCGCUUCUUUUCGUGUACAAUGAGUGAGAAACGUGCCUUGGUGGGCGAUAAUGAUCUCAGCGAGGACGACGAUAGGACCGAUGAGAAGUCAGACGUGGGCCCACGCCAAACGUUGGGCCGGAAAGCAGUGCAAGAUGUGGACAGGCCACCUACGAAACUGUAUAAAAGGAGGUGGUAUCUACUCCUUCUUUAUGCAAUUUGCAGUUGCUGGCAGGUAGCAGUUUACAAUACAUGGGAUCCACUGGUUGACUCUGUAAAGGCUGCAUACCCAGGCACUUGGAGCGACAGCAUGAUUGCCCUACAAGGAGACUGGGGAGCCAUAGCUUACUUUUUUGGCUUUGUUCCUGUCUGUUGGCUUUCCAUUACCUAUGGAAACCACACAGAAGAGAAGGCAGGUAUUAUGGCACCCAAGCAUGCUGAUGCGAAGCAUCACCAUGUUUCAUCUAAUCACAGUAACUGGAAUAUUGAGGAAACCAAACCCACGGGUUUCCCUGCCAUGGAAUCCUUCAAGCCACAUUUUCAUCAGCGUGCUCGCAUUCAGCAUUUCAUGUUGAUUGAAUUUGUUAUGUCUGCAAUCCUCUGCCUUUUUGUUGCCCUGUAUUUCCCCAACAAGCCAAAAUCCCCACCGUCUCCAACUUCCAGUGUGCAGAGACUAGAACUCUUUUCAUCUUCCAAGCAAAUACUUGGGAAAAGAGAGGGACAAAUGCUCCUUCUCAUUGUCAGUCUCUCACAAGGAGUCCCAUACACCUGGGUCAGCAUGCUCGACGUCAACUUAUCAGCACUUGGUGUUAGCCAGGACAUAUCAGAUUGGCUGGGAUUGGUUUUAGUUUCCUGUCAAGCCUUGUGUGGAAUGCUUUUUGCAACCAUCUUUGAUCAGUGCCAUGAACAGCUGAAAAGUGCUAUAAUGGGUCUUCUCUCCAUUUCAACCAUUUUCUAUGCAUUAUUUGCACUUCUUUGUGCCAGAGUCUUCCCAUAUUCAACGUGGAUGCUGUUUGGGACUGUGGUACCAGCUACUUCAAUGAACUAUGCUGCCUUUCCACUCUCAUUAGAACUGGCAGCAGAUGUGUUGUAUCCUUCGAGUGAAAAUGCAGUUGGUGGGUGGAUCCUAGGAGCUAUAUCCUUGCUCAGUAUUCUAUUCUUCAGUGCAUUUCUCAUUCCAAAUAUAGGACGAAUCCAACUGGACACAGAGAAGAACAAUCCGUUCUCCCGGUACGCCCGCCCAGCCGGUCCCCCUUCGAACCGGCAGGGGGACGCACCCGAGGCGGCCGCCACCUACGUCCCGCCCGGCGCCGUCCUCCACAAGAAAACGAUCGUCAAGAAGAAGCGCCUCCUGCCUUGGUGGUGUAAGUGGAUCGCUUGGAUCUUGGUUUUCAUCUCCAUCGUUGGGUCCGUGUUUCUGGUCUGGGCUUAUGGGGUUCAGUUCGGGAACGGGAAGACGACGAAGUGGCUCACGUCCUUGUUCAUCUCCUUCUUCACGUCCAUCCUUCUCACUCAACCCAUCAAGGUGUUCCUGGUCGCCAUGUUCCUCAGUGCCAUCUGCAAGAACGCGAAUGAAGACGAAGACGACGUCUACUACGACGAAUACAACCCGAAAUUGGAACAUGACGAGGCAUGGCUCUACACUCCGGCCGGAGAACGACGCCAGAGGCUGGACUACCAGCCGAUGAGCAACGCUGCCCUAGAGAAGAUGCGACUCCAGAGAGAAAAGGAAGUGAGGAUGUGGGACAUCAUCACGGAGAUCCUCGCGUAUGCCUUCUUCAUCUGGAUCCUCAUGGUCCUCUGCUACGGGAACGUGGACCCCAACGCCUUCUUGCUCAAGCGCCACCUCCACAUCUCCCUCGUCCAGCCCAGCUCCAAAUUCUCGUCGUUCCUAACCGUGAAGAACGUGGGUCGGUGGUACAAGUGGAUAGAGAACGUUUUCCUCUCGAGGUUCGUGAUCGGGCCGAAUUACAACAACGAGUCGGUGAGACCCGAGGAGCGGCUCCUCGCCGGCGACCGGAACAACUUGAUCAUGGGCAAGGUCCUCCUCAGACAAGUCCGCAUUCGAGAUGAGAGCAACUGUGAGCUGUCCAGUCACGUGGUGAACGUGGACGUCACGUCGCACUGCCGGAAGUUCAGCGAGCUCAUCUGGGAGGACAACUUGGAUUACAAUCCCGGUUGGGUCCCGAAGUACAACGCAUCCUGGCCCGCUUACAACGGAUCCUGGACCAAUUACAAGGACGCUUUCAUCCACCGGGAGGCCGACUACCUGAACGGACUGCCGUUCUGGGGCGAUCGGGACUGGUACGGCGGUGGCGGAUACGUCGUGUUCCUCGACACGACGAGAGGCUACAACUCGCUGGUGUCCACCCUCGAGGACCUGUAUCGCAUGAUGUGGAUCGACGAGAGGACCCGAGCGAUCUUCCUCGAGAUGUCCCUCUACAACGCUCAGGUGAACCUGUUCGUGUCGGGGGUGUUCCUGGCCGAGCAGGGGCCGGAGGGAGGCAUAUGGACGAAGGUGAGCCUCCAGCCCAUCCGGCUCCUCUACUACCACACGGGGUUCGGGCUGUUCGUGCUCAUCUGCGAGAUCCUCACCUUCUUGUUCAUCGUGUACUAUACCUAUCGGGAGCUGUCGGAGAUGUGCCGCGACAGGAGCAAGUACUGGAAGAAUUACUGGAACUACCUGGAGUUGAUGGUCCUCGUGCUAGGGUAUCCCGCCAUGGUGUUCUACGUCUACAGGAAGGUCCUGGGGGAUCGCAUCUCGUCGGACUUCGAGAGGAACCAGGGUGGAAGCUACGUGAACCUGCAGUACGUGAAGUACCUGGACGACAUGUUCACGUGCUUCGUCGCCCUCCUGCUGUUCUUCGCGACGCUCAAGUUCGUGAAGCUCCUCCGCUUCAACAAGCGGAUGGGGGUGCUGGCCAUCACGCUCAACCAGUGCGGGAAAGAUCUGGGGAGCUUUGGGAUCAUUCUACUCCUCAUGUUUUUGGCGUGUGGCAGCUUCUUCCUACUGCAUUUGGGGCCGUACGUGCAGAAGUUCUCGUCCUUCACCAAGGCGUUCGCCUCGACCGUUUUCUCGGCCGUCGGCUCGAAGUCGUUCAGGGAGAUGUCGAUCGCGAAUCGAGUGCUGGGGCCCAUCAUGUUCUUCUUCUUCUCCAUAUUCGUUUCCAUGAUCCUGAUGAACUUCGUCCUCGCUAUCAUCAUGAAGAGUUUCGCUGCGCGCGAGCGGUUUCUACCUCGUAAUCUGCAACAACUCAAGGAGAAUAUCGGAAGCAUCAUUCGUGGCAUUGCACCAAUGACGCUUCUCACCGUUGUCGCAAACGUGCACAUGUGUGAGGUGAAGGAGGACAUCAUGCGGAGGAACAACGAGUACGAGAUGCUGGACUUCAUCCUCGGGAAACUCAAGAGCAUCGUCGGGAUGAAGAACAACGAGGUCAACAUCGUCAACGAGGAGGAGGAGAAGGACCUGAAACGGAAGGAGGUGGGUUUCGCCGAGAGGGGAUCAUCUCUGGGGGAUUUAUCGGGGAUUAUCGGGGAUUAUCGGGGAUCUAUGGAGAAUGUCUCGGAUCGAUGUCGGUUUUCUCCGCAGUUGGAGGCGAAGAACGAACAGCUGCCGGAAAAAGUGGAUCAGCUCCUGGAUUACGUGAAUAGCUUCUAUUUCGAUGGAUCCCUGGAUAUACACAACAAGGACUGGCAGAAGAAGACUCUCAAGGAAGGGAAAGGGGCGGCUGGGGGCAGCGCGGCUCCGGGGACCGCAAGGGCGAUUAAGGUCAGAUCGGCGAGGUCGUGGGAUCGUGAAGACUUUUGAAAAAUCCUGAAUUUUCCGUCUCUGCUUUCUUUCUUGCUUUCUUUUCGGUUCUGGUCUCACUCGGUUGUUUCGUUUGAGGUGUCCACGGAUAUGGGUUAUUGUUUCUUUGCGGGCGGCCGGGG